AUGUCUGAUAUAGAAGAUAGGUUCUCUGAUUCGGUAGAAAAUUUAACGGCGAAGCCAAGUGACGUUUAUUUAGGAUUUGUUGAUGCAGCUAUCAAAGAUGCCGAUGAGGUCCGCACAGACGAUACCUUCAUAGGAGGAGAGCCUGUUUGGCUUCAUCCAGACUCGAUUCCAGACGCAGAACUCUUGAAAUGCGGCUCGUGUCAUUCCCGCACUCACAUGAAACUGUUGCUGCAAGCUUUCGCCCCACUGGAUCCAGAAGUUACUGAAGAAGUAGCAGCAGAGCUUGGUAUGACGUCCAUGAAAGUCAAUCCGGAAGACACAAGGGUCAUAUACGUUUUUCUAUGCUCGAAUUGUCCCAGAAAGCCAAAUUCUGUACGCUGUAUCCGGGGUGUGAAAAAAUGCAACAGCACAGCAAGUUUACAGGACACACUGGAGUCAUCGGCGCCUGCGAAAGACUUCAACAUCAGUCGUGAUUCGCUUGGAAAGAGCUCUUCAAAUCCUUUUGCUGCUGAUCCCACAGGAAAUGAUAACCCUUUUGCAAUCGCCUCAGAAAAUCCUUUUGUAAAUGCCAAGGAGGUCACUCACGAAAGUUCUGAGUCAGCCACUGGGACGGUGAACCCAAAAACCGCACGGAAGGAGCACGAUGCCCUGGCUGACAAAAAGUUCGAAAGCGGAUUUCCUGGCUUCUUUCUUUAUGUUGAGCAAGAAUCAUUCAAAAACAAGAUUCCUGACCAUCUCAAACUGCCCAAGAAUCUAAAAAUUGAUAAGUCAGCCCUAGAUCUCAACGCUGAGAUCGACGAAUCAGCAAUAGGCAACAACAUCGAGCUUGAUCCCAGAACCGAGAAGCUGUCAAAAUUUCUUGACGACGAUGUUUUCCAAAAAUUCCAGGACGUGGCAGGAUAUAAUCCAUUGCAGGUCUUGAGAUAUCACUUUGGUGGUCAACCCUUAUACUACGCAGCUACACAAGUGGACCUUUUGAAGACGAUACCUUCACCAGGUUACAAUCCGUCGUCCAAACGAGUUUUCGAGAUGCAGUUGAUGCCAAAAAUGAUAUUAGAUUUGGAAGAAACCACCUUAGAAAGAGGAGGGAUGGAAUGGGGUACCAUCAUGAUAUUUACCGAUGUGGAAAAUUAUAUCACCAAAUAUGACGAACACAACGUUGGCUAUGUCGAAGAAUGUGUGAGGGUACAGUGGGAAGUGGAAAACAAGAAUUAA